GCCAUAGAUUCGUUGGUCUUGCAAAAACUUCUUAAAUCUCAUCAACAUUGUAGAUUUAUGGUGAAGGACUUCAAACUAGAUCAUUUCAAUAUGUAAGGUAGGUACAUUUUUUUAAUGCCAUCAACCUUUCCUUCAACAUUGAAAGGAGGUAACGUAAUUGGCCUAGAAUUGGUAACGACGCCACCUUGAAUUAUCAUGAUAGUCUAAUGCUGUUCCGUGUAAAUAAUAUGUACCGCGUGCUGGCUAAUUAAUCAAAAUUUUGAUCUCAACAAGUCUAGACAAAAUUCCAUCACAGCAUGAAAGAGCAUCACAAAAUCAGUAAUAUUCCAAAGUUUCGUUGCGAAAUGUUGUAAAAUGCGAAUAAUAUAGCCUUGCAAAAUUUGCAAUUUUCAGUAAUUUUGUAUUACGAGCGGGAAACGGUUAGUGGUACGGCCAGGGAUGGAUCCAGCAUGAUCUGGUAGGGGGUGCUCUGCCAGCCCUGGUGCCGAUUUGUGUCGGUCAUGCAUGUGUGCCGCACGUCCAUCAAAGUCUUGCUUGACUACUGUAUUUGAAUUUUAAUUGUUGUUCACAGUUCGCUUAUCUGUUAUUACUCAAAUUACUGUAUCUCAUUUUGUCUCUAAUAAUUUUUUUGCUUUAUCGUGAAAAAUAUCACCCACCCCCCCUGCACCCAUUCUGGCCAGGGCUAGGGGGUGCACCUCCCCCCCUGCACACCCCAGUAAAUCCAUUCCUGGUGGUACCACGGAAGUCGUAACCAUUUCCCGUUUGUAAUACAAAAUGACUGAAAAUUGCAAAUUUCGCAAGGCUAUAUUAUCCGCAUUUUACAAUGUUUAUCUAUAAAUAGCUAUCCUUCGUAUUUAACUACAAUCUUUGCCAAAAACUAUGGGACAUGUGCUGUAAUUUCACACAAUUUGAAAGGCGUAGCGCCCCCGUUCCCCCAGUUCAAUGUUGGGCCGACAAAAAUGUGAUGUCUGGUUGCGAGACGCCAACAUUGAAUCGGGUGGGGGGAGGGAGGGUGGGAAAAUGUAUCACGCAAUGGUAUAUUACAACCAAAUACAUGUGAAAACUACAUUGUCCCAAUCUAUAUUGUCAAAGAUUGUAGGCUGUAUACGAGGCGGCAAAUUUAUUGCCAUGCAGAAUGUAUUUGUUAGAAACCCCAUCUUGAUACAUAGCAACGACGAAGUAUAAAUCGCAUGUAUAUACAAAUGUAUUCACAACGUAUGGGCCUUGGUGGGUCCAAUAUAGUAUACUGCAUGCAUGGGCACACAUUAAGGCUGGGGGGACUUGCUCGCCCCCUGGCGUAGUCGCAGGAAGUGGGGUCUGUUAUGCAGAAUUGAAUAUCAUAUUUAUAUUUAUAGCGAUCUUAUUGAUGGACUUAUCAAACUGAUGAACAGUAAUAUUUCAUCUCCAGUCAAUCUCGUAAGUUGUUUUUUUUUGUCUUUGUGGCAGAGUUCUGCCGAAAUUAUUUAUUAAAUUCGAGACAGUAUUCGGAUACAGUUGGUGCAACGUCCCGCCCCAUCCAGUUUUUCUUGAGUAAAUUUCAGGCAAAAUAUAAGAUCAUUGAAUGUUGCUUGCAACACACACUACAUAUGUUCAUACGAAAAUAUACUAAAUGUAAAAACCGCAUGAAAACCAUUUUGUAACCCACUUUUAUAGGCAAUGUAAAAUGAAAAUGAAACUAAAUCAGGUUAUCUGUAGCUUUCCACCCCUUUCAACGAUUAGAUCCUCGUAACGAUCCUUCAACACAGUAUAUAUACCUCUUCAUUCUCAAUAAUCUUUUGACAAAAUGUAUUUGUCGAGUAAUCGGUUUUUGGUAUGUUCGUGUUAUUUUACAUCAAUACGACGUGUAAAUUUCAAUUUGUAGGGAAAUCCAAGUGAGCACACGAUCAAAGAAUUUGCGGUUAUGAUUAGAAAUAGAGUUGGUAUGUAUAUUUGGCUUUUAUGCAGCAUGGUGUUCAGUCGCUCUUACCUUAUAGCAAGCUCAUAGCAAGGUCUCAUAGCAAGGUCUUAUAGCAAGGUCUUAGCAAGAUCUUAUAGCAAGGUCUCAUAGCAAGGUCUCAUAGCAAGGUCUUAGCAAGAUCUUAUAGCAAGGUCUCAUAGCAAGGUCUUAUAGCAAGGUCUUAGCAAGAUUUAGCAAGAUCUUAUAGCAAGGUCUCAUAGCAAGGUCUUAUAGCAAGGUCUUAGCAAGAUCUUAUAGCAAGGUCUCAUAGCAAGGUCUUAGCAAGAUCUUAUAGCAAGGUCUUAUAUAACUAGAAGGCCCGUGUUCCCGCGGCCAAAAAUAGGAAAACACGGCAAAAUAAAACAAAUGCUGCUUGAUUGUUUAUAUAAAGAUGUGCGUUCAUUUGGCUGGCAGGUACACGCUCUCAAAAUGGUGAAAUUUCUCGGUUGCUGAGAUCUAAGCAGAAUUUUUCCGAGACCGUAGCGGACACGUCUCUGUAAGCGAGAUAAUAGAGAGCUUUAGAUUUUACGAGGUUCGUUUAUUUUACGCCAGAUUCUUAAGCCAUGCAUCUUUUUGCCCAAUCAUGUGCUGACGCCUUAUAAUCUCGCAGCCGUGGCCAAAUUGACCACUGGAUUUUUGGAAGUCAAGUAGUAAAACAAACAUUCUAACCUUCUUUCCAACUUUAAUCCUAGACUAAUUUGAGAUCGGCUACUCGAAUUGUUGUCCUCCAUUUCUUCCCUCCGUUGUCAUUUCCAUGAUAUUUAGAUCUUCUUCGUCUCUCUUUCAGUCCAUAAUAUCUUCAUCUUUUCUUAUUAUGCCAACUCAGCCAGAUUUCUAGACUCCAGUUAUGCGACUUGGACUCGAGUCUCAAUUUUUGUGACUUGACUUGUUACUCAGGUUAACGACUUGUGACUUGAAUUGGACUUGCAAGACAUGAUUUCUUGCCAAUGCAGUAAAACAUAGAUUCGUAAAUAUCUAUAGUGAAAGUUAACUUUUCGACUACUCACACUGGAAAUGUAUAGUAUAUUAAUGUAGAAUUGUCACGUGUGAUUCCCCCAUUACAUUGUAAAAAGUACCGUAUGGAAUGGCUUGCUAUACUUGACUUUGUCACAGUCAAAAUGACUUGUGACUUGACUUGCUACUCGGAAUGAACGACUUUGUUAUUUGACUUGGAUUUGCAAAAUGAAGGUUGCUAGCAAUUCUGAUCUCAGCCUUCCUAUCUAAUCCUUCUUCCUAUCUUCCUAUCUGCUACCAUUCAACGAAACCCCCAUGCAGGAUAGGUUCUGUACAACUGCACCAGCUUCAGCUUUGAGGCUAGAGCACAAGUCAAGUCUGUAAAACGCUUACAUGAGCUAUAAUCAAUCUUUUCGUUUUAGGAAACAACAGCAGUAAAAUUGUUACACAAGAAGCACAGCAAGAUGAUCCAAGAAAAAGAAAACCAGACAUAAACAAAGCGAAAAAAUAUCUCAAUUGGGAACCUAAGGUACAGUAUACACCAAAUACUUUCUGACGAGAGUCGUGAGUAUUUUAUUCCUUUGUACUCCUUCACAUUGGUUCUAAAAUGAUGAGAAUGUCUCGUACUCACUUGUUUCUAACCAUGCAGGCAUUAUUCAUUAACUCUGCAACAAUUUUGCGAUUUCAGUUUUCAUGAAAAUUAUUAUUGAUGGGAAUAAAAAAUGAAAAUCGCCUCGAGUCGCCUGCACCGUUCGUAAAACCUACUCCAAAGUUAAUAAAUAUUUUAGUAAUAUGAUAUUAUUUUGAGCUAGCUCAUGAAGAGUGGACUGAUUUCUACUGGAGACCAGAAACGUAGAGAUAAGUUAAAGCCCGCAUGCAGUGUGCAGCAUGAAAACGCGGCCGUCAGAUCAGAUGGACUUAGAAACGACGAUCAGGCAAACACGACGACGCGGUCUCAAUUUCAGCUGGCGAAAUUGAGUACUAAAGAGUAAAGAACUUGAUUGCUGUAAUACAUUGAAGCUUUUAAAAAUAACCUUACACACGGCUAAGUUUGGAAAAAACGAUCCGGUAUGUAGUAACUCCUCCAACGUAGCAACAGGCAUUCACGUUGCUCCAAUGACGUGAAAAUCUUAGUUUAACGUUGUAUUCAGAAUGACAACGUUGUUGAGGAUACCCCUGGAUGAAGAAUUUCUUUGUUUCGAUAGCGGUGUCUUUCAGUUCGCGUCGUGUUUUCUAGAUCAGUCUAUUUGCGUAGUUCCUCCCGGCGUGAAUACUGAUCUUGACGGAUGAUAUGUACGAAUGCAAAUUAGUUGUCCUUUGUUUGUUGCUGAAAAUGGUGGUAGUAGUGGUGCUUUGUGGUAAUUAUUAAUGGUAAAGGUGAUAAUGUUGGUGCUGAUGGUGGUGAUGAUAAUCAUCGUGGGAUUAUGGGAAGGUGAUUGUCUUGGUGAUCAUGGUGGUGGUGGUGAUGGUGGUGUGAUGAUGAAGCUGAUGUUGAUGGAGGUGAUGUUUGGUGAUGGUUAUGAUGAUAGUGGUGACGGUGUUGGUGAUGGUAUGUAUAAAUACAACAGACGAAAAUAUUAGGAGAACUGUCAGGCAUUAAUUGUUACCACGACACAGAAAUAAUAGAUAUUUAUUAUUUCUAUAUGUACCACGACAUUGCCACUGUAGGUUACGCUACUGCCACCUUAGUUUAUGGUACAGUUGUACGUUGGUUCGUCUGGUUAGUUUGCAAUUUUGCAUGUGCUUAUACGCGUUCACACUUGAAAUUUUUGUUGUGAUUUCUAGUGCGAUUUUUUUUCUGAUAAACGUGAACGAGUGAAUUUGUGAGUAUAUGCGCAGGCUGCAUGUUUUCAUUAGUUGGCGACACUGCCUUGAUGUCAAAUCUGGGGCUGUCGGCGAGCAUCGCAGGCCGAUUAGAGCAGUCGGCGGUAGUCGCAGACACUGCGAUAAUAAAACAAAUGAAAACACCGUUGGCGAGUUGUCGGCAACAGUCGUAGAACACAAACCUCGGCCCCAGCUCCUCUACACGUUUACGGAAUCAUGAAAACAACGAAGAUCGCCGACGAAAUACGAUAUUUGAAAAUUGCAUGCCGACGUUCGCGGAAUAGAAAUCGGUGACUUUGGGCGGGUGUUACUGAGUAAUGAAAACCAGCCUAUUUCACUCAUCCACUCGUUCAUAUCCAUCGGAGGGAAAAAACGCACCUAAAAGUGGAAGGACAUUAAGGCAGAUGAUCUGGAAUAUUCAUCUCUAGUGUAAUACGGUCCGAUCGCAAUGAAACAUUUUAAAAUGUUACAGGUCGACCUAAUGCGUGGACUUGACAAGACUAUCCGGUUCUUCCGCAAUGAGUUGGCUAGACUUAACGAGCAAAAAGAGUUGUGAUGGUCAAGUAUGCUGCUCUAUAGACGAGUUUCUUCAGAUCACAAUGGGUGAACCACUACCCGAACGACUAGCAAUGGAUUAUCAUGCAUCUAUCUUCUUUCUGUGGAGAGCAAGGGAAGUGGUACACGACGAACGCAAACACCAAUGGUACACCAUAACCAAAUGAACGUACACGCGACUUUCUAUCAUACAAGAAGACAUCAGGGACUUCAGAUAAAGAACAUAACUGAAUACAAUUAUAAAACCCUUUCUAACAUAAUAACGUGUUAUGGUAGAAACUUUUGCUUGUGAUAUUCAUUUUAAAGUAAUUGGUUUUGCUAUGAGGGGAAAAGAACCUUUAGACUAUUGGUUUUGAAUUUAGUAGUAUUUCAAGAAAUCAAAUCCGUGCCAAUUUCAAAGAUUUUCCAGUCUUUUAAGACUGGAAAAUCUUUGAAAUUGGCACGGAUUUGAUUUCUGGAAAUACUACUGAAUUCGUAACCAAUAGUAAAAACCAAUAAUAAAUAAUAAAUUAAAAACCAAUAGUAAAGUUAAAACUGAGGCCGAGACACACCGGACGCGAUUCAACAACGCAGCGUAAUUUUUCAGUUUUUGAAAAUUAAUAAAACAGCCAAUGCAAAGAAAUUUUAAAAGAUAUGUAGACCAAAUAAUUCAAAAUGUUAUAACGCUUCUAAAUAUUUGGAAAAUUUAAACUAGGAUCAAGGUUAUCGGUCUGUGAGAAUCGCACCACGUUGUCGAAUCGCGUCCUGUGUGUCUCGGUCUUUAAUAUCCUAGAAUUUACUGAAAAAUGUCCUUGAAAGUCGUGGGAAUAUCCUGGAAUUUCAUCUUCACUAUAGAAAGGGUGGAAAUUACGCUGUACUCGUUAGUUUUUAGCAUGUUUUACAUAACAUGUAAAAAAAUUCUUAAUGUUUUAACUAUCUCGACUAACAUGGCCAUAUAUGUGACCAUUAUAUGGUGGCGUUGUCAUGUAAAUUUCAUAAUUUUGCGGCAUUAUUUAUUAUGUAACUAUCUUUCUUCGUCUUAUGGAGACGGUUAAUUAAAUGAAAUUUAUAGAUUUAUCUGGCUGGAUAUAUUUUUUAUGAGCGAUUGAUAUAGAUAGAUUAAAGCCUCCGUAAAAAUCUCACAACUUGUCAACAA